GUCCUUAACACACACGCACACCCCCCCUGGCCUUAGCACACAUGCACACUCGGGAACGCACACGGAGUUGAACUGCACUCUGGCUGGCUCACCCCUGUCCCCGUUCACACUGCUUUGGGAAUUUGGGAAAACCUUGAACACAUAGGAGUGGCCUGUGGGGGAGGGGUGGCGGUGGGGCUGGAGAAUUCAGCCAUGUGAGGGACAUCCCAGUACCCGUCUGGGAGCAUCUUUGAUCUUAGUAGGCAUUUUGCCUCUGUGUGUGUGUGUGUGUGUUGAGGGAAGGGCCUGGAGGAGGUUCAGGAACUUCCAAGAAGAGCUUUUGAACUGAUAACAUCAUGAAGCAGCUUCCUGAUCCCAGGCAAGAAGCGGUGGAGCCCCUUGGAGCCCUUGAUCUUAGGGGGAUGUGUGGAGAUACUGCAAGAAUGCAGUCCCAGCAGCACCUGCAGCAGCGUCGAAAGUUGGCAGCUGCCUUCUUGGCAUUCAUUUUCAUCUUGGCAGCUGUGGGCACUGCAGAGGCGGGGAAGAAAGAGAAACCAGAAAAGAAAGUGAAGAAGUCCGACUGCGGAGAGUGGCAGUGGAGCGUGUGCGUGCCCACCAGCGGCGACUGCGGGCUGGGCACCCGGGAGGGCACCCGCAGCGGCACCGAGUGCAAACAGACCAUGAAGACCCAGAGAUGUAAGAUCCCCUGCAACUGGAAAAAGCAAUUUGGAGCGGAGUGCAAAUACCAGUUCCAGGCCUGGGGAGAAUGCGACCUGAAUACCGCCCUGAAGACCAGAACUGGGAGCCUGAAGCGCGCCCUGCACAAUGCCGACUGCCAGAAGACCGUCACCAUCUCCAAGCCCUGCGGCAAGGUGACCAAGCCCAAGCCUCAAGAAUCUAAGAAAAAGAAAAAGGAAGGCAAGAAACAGGAGAAGAUGCUGGACUGAGAGAGGCCACCUCCGUGGAACGUGAAAGGGACAUCAGCAAACAGGACCAGUUAACUAUUGCAUUUAUACCUACCGUAGGCUUUGUAUUCAAAACGUAUCUAUAGCUUAAGUACACAAUAGGCAGAAGCAAAAGAAAAGAACAUUUUUGUAGUAGCAUUUUUUAAAUGUAUACCAUAGUACCGCUAGGGGUUUAGAUUAAAGGACUGUAAUCCUAUUUAGAAAGUUGACUUAUAGUACACGAUAAACCAUAGAAAAUUGAGGUAAGUUUUUUUAAAGUUAUGUGAUGUUUUCCACUUAAAAUCUUUUUUUUUUUUUUUUACAUUUUUUCUUUUGGCAGCAAUUUAAAUGUUAUGUGCCAUGUAAACUACUUCUCUUGUUAGGUAAUUUUUUCACCUAGACUGUUUUCCCAAUUGAGAAAAUUAUGUACUAAACAAGGCAGCAAUAAAAUACAAUCAUCCUAUUUGAGGAAAAUACCUUGUUUUCUGCCAAUGGAUUAAAAUUUUUUUUAGACGGUAAAAUAGGGGGAGGGGGCAGAGCAUGCACAAGUUCAAUGUUGACCUUUUUUUUUUUUUAAAGAAAAGCAUUAAAACGUGAAAUUAUUUCACUUCGGCAGAAACAUUUGUUCUCUUGAUGAAACUAUUUUUCCAUCUGAGGAAAAAACACACUAGGAAAAUAAAUCAAGGUGAUGCUAAAAAAGGU